AUGUCAAGCCUAAAGUUGCACCUCUAAAUGGUAUUUUUCAAACCAAAGUUCAUAGGUAAUUAUUUUCAGCUCCUUUGUAGGAAAUACCUUAACCUCAAAAAAAAGAAUAAAGAUAAUUAAUUUAGUUAUUCUAUAUCUCCUAUUAAAUAAGAUAAAAUGA